GAGUCGGGCGCCAUGUUUUGAAUCACUGGCGUUGUGUGAUUAGGAUGCUCGCGCAUUUCGGUGGGGUUGAAGAUCCUCAUGCAUUUUCGGAGUGAAAUAGACGCGAAGGUUCAGCCGGACUCGGACGAUCGUGCAAGUUGACCUCGCACGAGCGACGAUUCAGCCAGGCGCUGCCUCUCCUUUUCAUCGCAGCGACGCACGCGUUCUGCAAGAAUGUCGGGAAAGCGGAAGUCUCGGUACGAGACACUGCCCUACCGAUGCCUUACGUGGAUUUGCUCCAAGAUGGACAUCCUCUCUCCACAAAACAAUGCCAUGAAUGAAUUAGCUAGCGCUCUUGCAAUGCUCAUGGAGUGGUCUUUUGGAAGCUGGCAGAAGUUGAAGCACUUCAGAAUGCCAUCAACGUCAACUGAGUCUGCCUCUGCGAGGCCUACCCCUGUUGACUUUGGCAGUGUCAGUCGACUGCAGUCGCCUGUAGCCAGGAGGGAAGGAGUCAUGCUCAGGUGCUACAGGAGCAACUCUAGCAUGAGGGGGAGCAGCCUGCGGCCCUUGGGGCGUUGCGGGUCACGCGCAAGCAGUGACACGGCCAGCCGUCAGUGCAGCCCUAUCCCUGAGAGCUUGGAGAGCGACAUCUCGCUCCUCAAGGAGGAAGUGGCGUCCCUGAAGAAACAGUUUGAGGAGCUGGUCAUCUCGCAGAAAGAUGAGCGGAGUCGGCGCACCUGUCUGAUCUUACCCUAG